AUGGCGAUCGGUGCCAAUACCCAAGUCGGUUCCUCUCGUAUGGAAGAGCUUACCAGAGGCCGACGCGCCGGGUUCAAAGGACUUUUGGGAGCCAACAUGUAUCUUCUGUUCACUACUGGCACAGUCAUCAUCGGUUCCUUCCUCUAUGGUACUGACCAAGGCGUCUUAUCCAACCUCUUGACUGGACAGAAUUUCGGGUCAAAGUUCCCAGACGUCUAUACCGAUGCUACUUUAAAGGGCUGGGUCGUGGCAAUUCUGCAGCUCGGUGCCUGGCUCGGUGCUUUGAUCAAUGGGCCACUUGCCGACAAGAUCUCGCGCAAGUACAGCAUUACCGUUGCCGCUNNUUCCGCUCUCUGUGGUGGAGCGCAAAGUGUUGGCUACCUCUUUGCAGGACGCAUCAUCGCCGGUGUUGCUGUCGGUCAAGUCUCGCACGUUGUACCCCUCUACCUGGCCGAGAUUUCUCCAUCCGAGUUUCGUGGUGCACUGUGUCUUACUAGCNNCUCCGGUAUCAUGAUCUCCUACUGGUUGUGCUAUGGCACAAGUUUCAUCGGUGGUCAAGCAUGUAAUGCCGACCAGAAUGCCCAGUUUGGUGAUGGCAGCUUCAACCCCUAUACAGAUGUCCCAGCAGGCGGUUGCAAUGGGCAGACAGCGUUGGCAUGGCGGCUUCCCUUGUGCUUGCAGUGCGUCCCAGCUGUCAUACUUCUCGCAGGAUCCUUCUGGUUACCUUUCAGCCCGCGUUGGCUGAUGUCCAAGGGCAGAGAAGAAGAGGCUCGCGUCAACAUCGCCAAGCUCCAUGGGCUUGCCAUCAAUGAUCCCAUCGUUGAGACCGAAUGGCUGGAGAUCAAGGCAGCAGUCAUGUUCGACGAGAGGACCGCACGCGAGCAGCAUCCCAACAAGGAAGGUUUACGCUUGGCUCUGGGCAAGGUCAGCAUGUUGUUGACCAACAAAGGUCUUUUCCGAAGACUCGCUUUGGGUUGUGUCCUCAUGUUCUUCCAACAAUUCACAGUAAGAUGCCGCAUCCAGACUCGAGCUCCCAAAAGAUCGCUGACUUGUAUCAUANNGGGCAUCAACGCUAUCAUCUAUUACGCACCUACCAUAUUUGGCAGCUUAGGCUUGAACGUAUCUACGACCUCUCUGCUCGCGACAGGUGUCCUUGGUGUCAUCGACUUCCUUUUCACGUUUCCAGCAAUCUUCUUCGUUGAUCGCUUCGGACGCCGCAAGUUCUUGAUGGCAGGUGCCCUCGGCAUGAUGAUCAGUCACAUUGUCGUUGCAGGAAUCCUUGGCCACUACGAAGGCAACUUUGGUCUUCCUGGGGGCAAAGCUGCUGGUUGGGUCGGCAUUGCUUUCAUCUGGGUAAGUCUUCUCGUCGCAUGCUGUCUCGAUUACCACGAUGCUGACAAUCCAAACAGNGCUUUCGGUGCCAACUUCUCAUACUCCUGGGGUCCUGUCGCAUGGCUUCUUGCUUCCGAACUCUUCUCUCCCGGGCAUCGCAGUCAAGCUGUCAGUAUCAUCAUCAGCUGCAACUACAUGAUGAACUUCAUUGUCGGCCAAGUCACACCCAAUAUGCUCCAAGCACUCAAGUUCGGUACCUAUAUAUUUUUUGCCGCAUUCUGUUUACUCAUGUUCCUGUGGGUCUGGUUCCUAGUCCCUGAGACGAGAUACAAGAGCUUGGAAGAGAUGGAUGCUGUCUUCGGUGAUAACUUGGGUCAAGCGGAUCAGGAACGCAUGCGUGAGAUUAUGGCUGAGAUUGGUUUGGAGCCGGCUACUCAAAUUCAUGAUGAUGCGUCAAUCUUCGGUCGAGGAGGUACGGAGAUGAAGGAGGGUCAGGUUUCCCACGUCGAGGAGAGAUAG